AUGGCCGCCACGCGGGGGUGGACGCCACCUCUACCGCUGCGGGGGCAGCUGGGCCGGUGGGCGGCGCUGCGGCGCAUGGCGUGGUGGCGCGGGAUGGACGCCACCUCGGCCGCUGAGGGGGCAGCUGGGCUGGUGGGCGGUGCCGCGGCGCUUGGCGCGGUGGCGCGGGCGGACUCUGCCUGGCUGCUGCAGGGCAGCUGUGCCGGAAGGCGGCGCCGCGGCGCAUGGUGCGAUGGCGCGGGCGGGCGCCGCCUCGGCCGCUGCGGGGGCAGCUGGGCCGGUGGGCGGUGCCGCGGCGCAUGGUGCGAUGGAGCGGGCGGGCACCGCCUCGGCCGCUGCGGGGGCAGCUGGGCGGACGCCGCCUCGGCCGCUGCGGGGGUAGCUGGGCCGGUGGGCGGCGCCUUGGCACAUGGCGCGGUGGCACUGGUGGACGCUGCCUCGGCCGAUGCGGGGGCAGCUGGGCCGGGAGGUGGCGCCGCGGUGCAUGGUGCUAUGAGGAUGCCCAGGACGUAG